GCACUGGAUUCAAAAACUUUUAACUAAACGUUAAAAACCCUUGAAAUGGCCGGCGCAUUCGAGUUCGUUGUGACCAGGAAAAACCCUGUACUCGUCACUCCAUAUUCAGAAACCCCAAAAGGUCUACACUAUCUCUCGAAUCUCGAUCAAAACAUCGCUGUGACGGUAAAAACGUUAUAUUACUACAAAUCAAAUUCAAAAACCAACCAAGAAUCAUAUAAUGUGAUAAAGAGAUCUCUCUCUGAGGUUCUUGUUCAUUACUACCCUGCUGCCGGACGACUGACAAUCAGCCCGGAAGGGAAAAUCGCGGUGAAUUGCACCGGAGAAGGAGUCUUCUUGGUGGAAGCUGAGACUAAUUGUGGGAUAGAAAUGAUCAAAGAGGCGAUCUCCGCGAAUAGAAUGGAGACGCUUGAGAGACUUGUUUACGACGUUCCUGGUGCCCGGAAUAUUCUUGAGAUUCCGCCCGUGGUAGUUCAGGUGACAAGUUUCAAAUGCGGCGGUUUUAUCCUCGGACUAGGCAUGAGCCACAACAUGUUUGAUGGUGUGGCAGCCUCAGAAUUCUUGAACUCGUGGGGUGAGACAGCCAGGGGCCUCCCUUUAUCUCUGCCACCUUUCUUGGACCGUACGAUUCUCCAACCAAGAAACCCACCCAAAAUCGAGUUCCCACACAAUGAGUUUGACGAAAUCGAAGAUAUUUCCGGCACCGAGAAACUCUAUGACGAAGAGAAACUCGUCUACAAAUCUUUCCUCUUCGAACCACAAAAACUAGAGAAGCUUAAGACUAUGGCAACUGAGGAAGAUAUUGAUAGUAAAAACAAGGUUACAGCAUUUCAAGCCUUAACCGGGUUUCUUUGGAAAGCGCGGUGCGAAGCGCUACGGUUUAAACCGGACCAACGAGUUAAACUUCUUUUUGCGGCUGAUGGACGGUCGAGAUUCAUUCCUCCUCUCCCCAAAGGAUAUUGCGGGAAUGGGAUUGUGUUGACUGGUUUGGUGACAUCAUCAGGAGAAUUGGUUGGAAAUCCUCUUUCUCGUUCGGUUGGUCUAAUUAAGAGGGUGGUCGAGUUGGUUACAGAUGGUUUUAUGAGAUCGGCUAUUGAUUACUUGGAGGUGAAGCGGACCCGGCCGAGUAUGACGGCAACACUUCUGAUUACGUCGUGGUCAAGAUUGUCACUACAUAAACUUGAUUUUGGCUGGGGAGAACCGGUUUUCUCUGGACCGGUUGGGUUACCGGGGAGGGAAGUGAUCCUGUUUUUACCUGGUCUCGACGAUAUGAAGAGUAUCAAUGUGUUCCUUGGACUUCCUGCCUCGGUUAUGAAGAAUUUUGAAGAGCUUAUGAAGAUUUGAAAAGAGUUCUAUAAUAAAUUUCGCAAUGAAGUUAUGAUUUACUUAUACGAAUUAAUUAAAUACAAUCAUAACAAGAAACAAUGAUGCCCCGUUUACUAUUACAAGAAAAAUAUGUGAUUAUAUUUUUUAUAUUUAGUAUAAAAUAUUAUAUUUGUUUGAGAA